AUGGAAGCAAAACACAACCUCUCAGAAUCACUUCUCGUUCGUCGCCGAAAAAUCUUUGGCACAUGUAAAGGUUGUAAUCAGCCAAACACGAAUUUUAAUGAAUGCAACACAUGCGAAGAAUGGAUAUCGAUUCAACAAUCAAAGUUGAAUGAGUUAAAAUCUCAAAUUGAAGAGCGAAAAUUGCUCAUAAAUCGACAAACUUGUGAAAACUGCGAUCAACCGAAACACAUUCAUCACCACAUCGCCGCCUGCGGAGAAUGCGGCUAUCCGGAGAUGAGGGUCGAAGAUCUAUACGAGUUUGCUAUUGAGGAGGACGAAGACAAGGAAAAUGACGAGGAGGAUGGUUGCGGGAUUAAAAUGUCGGACCUGUUAUGUCCGAGAUGUGAUUCCAGAUUGCAAGGUUUUCUUCAAUGUCCAGAUUACUUGGAGGUAAUGGACAGGAUAAGAUUGGAGUUGAGUGAGAUGAGCGUAGAUGAUCCUGAUUAUCAAAAGUUACUGGAUGCCAAGCAGCACUACGAUAUACUUAUUCAACAACAAGAAGAAGAUCAAUGGAUCACAGAGGAGGAGGAUAACUAUGAAUUUGAAGAGGAAGACUGGAAACGAGAAUUUUUUAUAACUAAAGAACAAUUCUAUUUUUAA